ACUUGUGAAGGAAAUCGUAAGCGCUGUCAGGCGCUGUGCCGGUCGGUCAUUUGUUUUGAAUAUCUGAACGUGAGUGAGAAUAAUGAUCUUUCGGGGGAGUGUUGAAGGCGUCGAGAGCUGCUAAGAGUACGCGUACUUUAACGACAUGGCUGUCGUGAUCGAGACGACGUUGGGCGACCUGACGGUCGACCUGUACACGACGGAGCGACCUCGAACGUGCCUCAACUUCCUCAAGCUGUGCAAGCUCAAGUACUACAACCUAAACCUCUUCCAUAAGGUGGAGCAAAACUUCGUCGCUCAAUCGGGCGACCCGAGUGGUACCGGUCGCGGCGGUGAGUCUAUGUUCUCUAAGCUGUACGGAGACCAAGCGCGCUACUUCGAGAUGGAGAAGAAGCCGCGUCUGAAGCACCUCAAGCUCGGCACUCUCUCCAUGGUGGGCAGCGAUGACGGUCUCCACGGUUCGCAGUUUAUCAUAACGUUGGGAGAGAACUUAGACUCUCUGGAUGGUCAGCACAGCGUCUUCGGUUGCGUCGCCGAGGGUUUCGAAACGCUCGAGAGAAUCAACGCCGCCGUGUGCGACGGCGAAGGCAGGCCUUACCAGGACAUACGCAUCUGCCACACGGUGAUCCUUCACGACCCGUUCGACGAUCCGGCGGGACUCGAACUUCCGGACGCGUCUCCCGAGCCGACGCUCGAGAUGCUGCGUAGCGACCGCAUCGGGGCUCACGAGGUCGUGGACGACACUCAAGGGCGAAGCAUGGAGGAGAUCGAGGAAGAGAUCAAGGCCAAGGAAGCCCGAGCGCGGGCCACGGUACUCGAGAUGAUCGGAGACCUUCCGGACGCGGAGGCAGCGCCCCCCGAGAACGUGCUGUUCGUCUGCAAGCUCAAUCCAGUGACAACGGACGAAGACCUGGAGAUCAUCUUCAGCCGCUUCGGUCCCGUCAAGAGCUGCGAGGUCAUCCGGGACCGCAAGACAGGCGACUCGCUCCAGUACGCCUUCGUGGAGUUCGAGCAGCGGGAGCACUGCGAGAACGCCUUCUUCAAGAUGGACAACGUUCUGAUCGACGACCGGCGCAUUCACGUCGACUUCAGCCAGUCGGUGGCGAAGCUGCGGUGGAAAGGAAAAGGUCGUGGGGUCGAAUACAUCAACGACGACAAGGGCGGUAAGAAGCCCAGGGGUGCCCGUUACGAGCUGAAGGACACUGCACGGCGGGGUGGUGCUGGCGGUCAGUAUGAUCUAGUGUGGAGCGAUGACGAGGAAGAAGGCAGGGAAGGUGCCAAGCAAAAGGAACGAAGCGAGCGAAGCCUGAAGGACAGGAAGAAGGAUAGGCGCAGGGAGGGCCACAGGGAUGACGAGGAAGAAGGCAGGGAAGACGCCAAGCAAAAGGAACGAAGCCAGAAGGACAGGAAGAAGGAAAGCCACAACGACAGGCACAGGGAUGACCACAGGGACAGCUACAAGGACAGCCGCAGCGAUGGACGCAGGGAGGACAGACACGCCGACAGCCGCAGAGGAAGGCACGAGGACAGUCACACAAGCGGUCACAGAGGUGAUCACAGAGACCAGGAGAGAAGAAGUCACCGGGAUGAGUACCAGGAAAGGAGUCGCGAGAGAGACCGCAGGGACGAACGGAGAGAAAAGGACAGGAGCCACAAGCGUUCUUACGAUCACCAGUCAUCGUCAUCAUCUCGCCACGAGUCGGACAGCAGAAGUCGAAGCAAACGCAUGCAUCACGAUCGUUGAGUGGCGUUGCGUGCUACGACAGUGUUCGUGUGUAAUAUACCCAUUGCAUUGCAUUUCUCAGUCUUCAUUGCAAGUGCAAUUGUACAGACAUUAACUGCCAUCUGCUGAAGCAUGAUGGGGUCAUUGAGGUCUUUUUCAAUGUGCAUCAGAAUAAAUUUUGUUGA